AUGCCUCCACGACGUGCCACAUCUGGCCAGAGUGCCCCAGCCGUUUCUGCAAAUCAUUUCUGCUGGACUUGCGUAUGCAUGCUCGGCACAAGCCUCGUCGGACAGAUCUGUCUUCUAGUCAGCUUGCUUGGCCGGCUCGCAGAAGUUCAGCAUGCUGGGGAGCUACAAUCAACCGUGAAGAUAGCAAACGCCAGCACUUCGAGUGCCAUUGACGUUGAAGCGAGCAAGAAGGACCUUGCGACACCUGCAGCAGUCGGAACGUCCAUGGACUUCCUGGCAGUUGCUUGUGCGGUGGGUGCCGAUCAGGACGCCACAGCGCUGUUUAUCCGGUCCUAUCAGCGUGCCACUCCGUCCGAGCUUGUCCUUCUGGUGGAACAGAUGCCUUUGGAGUCCGACUUGCGGGACAGUGGUGUCGACCUCACACGCCUCAAGCUGGAGAGAGUACUGCCUCUGCCGUCCAUGUGGAGCAUGCUCUCACGCGAGGAUACAUACAUAUUUUACAUCCAUCAAUACCUCCAGCGAAUGCCAGGCCAGGUAAAGAUCAUGCAACUCUCCAAUGUCGAUGAUAUAGUUUUCCAGGCCGACCCCUUUGCAUGGGCUUCUGAGCAGGAGCCUGGGCUACAAUUAUUCCUGGACGAGCCCGGGGUCGUUGUCAACUCCGGCAAGACGUGGAAGCUGAUAGAGUUUUGCUAUGGUACUCAGGCCGCACGCCUGCAUUCGAAGCCACGGAUACCUGCCGGCUACAUGAUCGGUUCGAGCGCUGAUCUGCAGCAAUUCGUGUCGGAUCUCGUAGGCGAAGUGACCUCCAAAGGUGCAUGCGGGAAUAGGCCGGGUGUGGUUAACGCCGCGGAAAAUUUCAUGGCGCACCUGGCUCACCCAGGUAUCAGUCUGCAUUUGCACGACAAUCGCAGGGGACCUGUCUGGUCAGGCGAGCACGUCCCUGCCAACUCCUUCGUGUCAGACGCAGAGAACCAUGUCAUCAACGAGGAUGGCUACCAAUAUGCGGUGUUGCGCAGCUAUCAUGCUCAUGACGAACUGUGGAGGAAUAUUCAGCGGAAAUUCGAAAAGCUACAAGCACCACCUGACUUCCGCGCACCUGACACUUGUGCUGCGUUUCAUGUGGAGGCCUGUGACAUGCCUGGUCACGAUCUGGCACACACUCCGAAGGACACAGAAUCUGACUGUUGCGCAGCUUGUGUCGCUAAUGUGGGCUGUGGUGCUUUCACCUUUUCACUUUCGCGAAGGCACUGCUGGUUGAAAAGGCCCGGUGGGGCCAAGAAGAAUAAUCCAGCCUCAGACAUGCGAUGUGGCGUUCGAGUGGUCGAGGCCACGCAAGGCUUGCCUCCCACAGGCAUCGUGUGA